AUGGCGGACACUACUGCCACUUCCACUAAGCCCGUCCACACGAUUGUGUUGGAUGCUGGCCCAAUCCUGAAAAAUACCCCGCCGCUUUCGACCCUCCUCGCCCAAUGUGAGGAAAUUAUCACCACCCCCUCCGUCGUGGGCGAAAUUCGCGACCCGGAUGCCCGCGCUCGUGUGGAAACGCUCUACCUUCCCUUCCUGAAGCAGCGAUCCCCGACUCCAAACAGUUUCAACAUCGUCAGCGAGUUCGCCCGCAAGACCGGUGAUCGGUCCGUGCUGAGCAGAACUGAUAUCGAGGUCCUCGCGCUGGCCUAUGAGAUCGAAUGCGAAAAGAAUGAGGGUGACUGGCGCUUGCGCAGUGUGCCCGGACAAAAGAAGAUCAAUGGAAGGCCGCCCGUCAAGGAGGCCCCAGAGGCCACUGCCGAAUCUGCGGAUGUGGAGGCCAUUACCGAGGGCGUGAAGGAGACCACUGUCACAGACGCCCAAGAAGCGCCCAAAGAGGACGCAGAGGUUGCUGCGCCCGAGGAGACCAAGGAACUGCUGGAGGCCGCGGUGGAGAUUGCCGACGAGGAGGCCCAGGAGGAAGAAGAGGAAGCAAACGAUGAUGCCGACUCGGACGGCGGAGAAUGGAUCACUCCCUCGAACUAUAAGAAGCGCUUGGCGCAGGAUGAAUCUGGAUCCGCAACCCUCACAGCUGCGCCGAAAACAAUGCAGGUUGCGACCAUGACUACUGAUUUCGCCUGUCAAAACGUUCUGUUGCAAAUGAACCUCAACCUUCUGUCUACCACAACUCUCCAGAAGAUCCAGCAUCUGCGAACUUUCAUUAAGCGCUGCCAUGCUUGCUUCUUAACUACCAAAGAAAUGAACAAGCAGUUCUGCCCCCGCUGCGGCAAGGACACGCUCACCCGUGUAUCCUGCACGACCACCGCCAACGGCGCAUUCACCAUGCACCUCAAGAAGAACAUGCAGUGGAACACGCGCGGCAACGUGUACAGCAUCCCCAAGCCUGUCGCCGGAACCUCCAACGGCAAGUGGAAGGGAGGCGGUGGCCAGCGAGGAUGGGGCCAGGAGCUCGUUCUGGCCGAAGAUCAGAAGGAGUAUGUUCGCGCCAACGCCGAGGAAGAGCGCCGACAGCGUCGGGAGCGUGAUCUCAUGGACCAAGACUACCUGCCUGGUAUCUUGACCGGCGAGCGCAACCGCACCGGUGGUCGUACCAAGGUUGGCGCGGGCCGAAAUGUCAACUCGCGAAAGCGUUAA